CAAAAAACCGAUGUUACAAAGCUAAACGAGAGGAGCUUUGCUGGUUGCUGCAAAGAUGGCUAAUAGGUAAGAGACACCUUUAUUUUUUUAAUUAUAUUAUUAAAAUGCUAUUAUGAUUUUGUUUAGUUAGUAAUUAGUGAAUGUGUUUUUAUGUAGUGAUUUUUAGAAGAUUUGAACUAGUCGUUCAGUGGAAAUCAGAGAAAGUAGAGGACAAUUUGGGCGUACAUCUUUUUGGUGGUAGAAGCUUUCAGUUGAUAGUUUCAUGCAAAGUGACAUAUAAUCAAUUUUGUGAGAAUCUAAUUACGAGAAUACGGCGUAAAGAUGAAGCAGUACAAGAUAGUGAUAUGAUCACAAGUUUCACUUACUGUCUUUCAUAAUGGCAGAAUGGUGUUAUAUUUCAUUAUGUGAUGCCUAUUGUGGAUGAUGAUAGUUUGAAUGUGCUUUUCGAUUUUAUUGCACAUAACCCUUAUUGUUUGGGUGCUGAGAUACAUGCCGAGAUUAGCCAAGCUGGUCAGGGUGAAGAUGAGACAUGGAGUUUGCCAUCUGAUCGUGAUUAUGACGACGGAGACGAGGAGGAAGAUGAGGAGGAAGAAGAAGGGGAAGAAGAGCCUAAUCAUCCUCCAGAGUUUUACUUGCAUGGCAAUGAAUAGGACGACGAAUUAUCAUAUGUUGAUUCAUAUGGCGUAAUUCCAAUGCUUAUUGUUGUUGGUUUUGAAGAAGAAUACUACAAGGGGCAAAUAUUUCACUCCAAAUAAGCUGCACAGGUGGCGAUUAUAUAUUAUGCACUACAACACAACUUUCAAUAUUUCGUGGUUGAUUCCUCACCUCCAAUCUGGAAGGUCAGAUGCUUGAAGCACAAGGAUGACAAUUGUGCUUGGAUGGUGCGGUUUGGAUGUCAAGAUGCUAGAAGUGAAUGGACUGUGAGAAAGGCCGAGUUGGUGUAUUCUUGUAGCAGUACAACUCAACUGACAGAUCAUCGUCAUCUUGAUGUCGACGUUAUAUCUGAGUCCGUGAAGAAUUUGGUACGUGCCUAAAUAAAUUUCGAGUGUCUAA